CUCUGCUUUAUCUGCAGGCGCCUGGUGCACAGCAGGGCAGGAAGAGAUGGCAGCCGGAGAGACGCAGCUCUAUGCCAAGGUCAGCAACAAGCUGAAGGGCCGCAGCACCCCCUCACUGCUGGACCCACUCCUGGCCCUGGGCUUCCCGGCACACACCGCGCUGAAGGCGCUGGCGGCCACGGGGAGAAAGAGCGUGGAGGAGGCCUCCAGCUGGCUGCGCUGCCACUGCAAUGACCCUUCCCUGGAUGACCCCAUCCCCCAGGAGUUCGGCCUCUUCCUCUGCCCCUCGGGGCCACUGCUCGAGAAGCUGCAGGAGUUCUGGAGCGAGAGCAAGCGGCAAUGUGCCAAGAACAGAGCCCACGAGGUCUUCCCGCACGUGACGCUCUGUGACUUCUUCACGUGCGAAGACCAGAAGGUGGAAUACCUGUACGAGGCGCUGAAGAGGGCGGGGGACAGGGUCCUGGCGUCCUUCCCUGCCACCAUCCCCCUGGUGCUCCACUCCUCCAUCAGCUACCUUGGCUUCUUCAUUAACGACGGCCCUGCAGACAUCAUCCGGGAGUUUGCCAUGGCGUUCGCCACCGAGGCAGCGAUCUUGGCAGACUGCAGCGUGAAACCGUGCACCAAGCAGCUGCAUCUGACGCUGGCUCACAAGUUCUACCCCCACCACCAGAGGACACUGGAGCAGCUGGCCAGAGCCCUCCACCCCGGCCACCCCUGCCAGUGGACGGCGGCCCUGUUCUCCCGGGACAUGCGCUUCGUGCACUACCAGACCCUGCGGGCCCUGUUCCAGUACAAGCCCCAGAACGUGGACGAGCUGGUGCUCAGCCCCGGUGACUACGUCUUCGUGGACCCCACCGAGCAGGAGGAAGCCAGCGAGGGCUGGGUCCUCGGGACCUCGCAGCGUACGGGCUGCCGGGGCUUCCUGCCGGAGAACUACACGGAGCGGGCCAGUGAGGCGGACACCUGGGUCAAGCACAGGACGUACACCUUCAGUCUAGCCAUGGACACCAACUCCAGGAAGGACACCGAAGCUAGUGGCAGGCGGAAUGGCGAACCCCGCUCUCCAGCACCCAGGAGUAUUAGCAGCAUACAGGACUUGCAGGCCACAAUCGCGAGGAGGAGCGUGCUGGUGGUGCGCCACGGGGAAAGAGUGGACCAAGUCUUCGGGAAGUGCUGGCUGCGGCAGUGCUCCACGCCGGAUGGGAAAUACUACAGGCCGGAUCUGAACUUCCCGCGCUGUCUGCCCAGACGGAACCGCGGACUCAGGGACUUUGAACACGAUCCGCCGCUGUCGUCCUGCGGAGCGUUCCAGGCCAGACUCGCAGGAGGUUCGCUCCUGGACAGUGGCGUCAGAAUCACUGCUGUCUUCUCCUCGCCGGCCCUCCGCUGUGUGCAGACUGCUAACCACAUCCUGGAAGAACUCAAACUGGAGAAAACAAUGAAGAUAAGAAUAGAGCCCGGGAUCUUCGAGUGGACAAAGUGGGAAGCGGGCAGAGCCGGCCCGAGCUUCAUGACGCAGGCAGAGCUGAGAGAGGCGGGCUUCACCGUGGAACCCGACUACAGGCCUGCGUUCCCGCUCGCCUCCCUCCUGCCAGCCGAGAGCUACACUCAGUACACGGACCGCUGUGCGCGCAGCAUGGAGCGGAUCCUGGGCUCCUGCCCAGAGGAGCCGGGCGCCAUCCUCAUCGUGAGCCACGGCUCGGCCCUGGACUCCUGCACCCGGCCUCUCCUCGGGCUCCCGCCCCGGGACUGCGAGGACUUCGUCCAGCUGGUGAGAAAGACCCCCGCCCUGGGCAUGUGCUUCUGCGAAGAAAACAGGGAGGAGGGGAGGUGGGAGUUGGCCAGCCCGCCCGCGAGGACGCUCACCCAUGGGGCCAACGCGGCGUUCAACUGGAGGAACUGGGUCCCGGGCAGCUGAGCCACCUCCCCAGAGCGGCCCUGCCCCCGCCAAGUGACGGAAGCACAGCACACUGUGGCACCCGGACCCCUGCCGCUGGCUUCGGCCUCUGCCGCUGCCAUCUGCGGCUCUGCCGGGCGGCCAGCUGAGCUGCGGGGAUGCAGAGCCGGCCAGGGCCCGGCAUCACACGGCAACGGCUAAGACCUGUGACGGGGAAGAUAAGAACCCAGGCCCGGGUCUCUUGGAGCUGCCCUGCUGUGUGCAAGCCCAGGAGAAGGGUCUGUUCCCCUCCCCUGUGCCGAAUGUGGGCUCCGGUCCUCCGUCCCUUUUCCAGCUGGAUCAGCAGGGGUGAUGGGAGGUGAGGUCUCCAAUAAGGCAGCCCCGGAAGCCGUGGCUGAUGAGAGCCGAGCCGCCCGCCUUCGGGGCUCACGUUUGCCUUCACGUCCUCAGCACGACGGCAGCAGCUCAGUGCCUUCACCACCCGCAGACUCACUCCCCUGCGCCUCAGCCAGGACCCCUAGAACAGGGGCAGGGGGCCCCCUCAGGCUCCAGGCAGAGCCAUCUCCCGGCUGCUUCAGCUCCAAGAGGCGCCUGCACACUCUGGCUCACAGUCCCUCCUCCAACCCAGGCCAGCAGCGCAGAGCCUCGACCUCGCUGUUCUCUCCCAAGGACCCUCCUGGUGACCUGGGGCCCUGGAACCCAGGGUCCUCAAGACCCUCAACAGCACGGGAAAAUCCCUUUCAUGUCAUGGCACACACCUGUCAUUGCAGUACUCUGGGAGGCUGAGGCAGGAGGAUCGAAAGUUUGAUCCCGCCUGGGCAGC